AUGGACUGUUUACCUGCUGACGUGAUCACGAAGCUGUGUACUGAAACAUAUCUAGAAGAGGAAAUUGAGUCUGCAAAGAGGCUUCUGCUUGAUGUGUGCAAACCGACUGAACGCUACAAGAAGCGACAGGGUCCUAACAAGUCUGCUACGAACAUGGCGGAUAUACUCCGCGUCCUGCACUCUAUGGACCCAUCGUCGGUGCCUACUUUUGUGUCUGCUACAUUGCAUCUCCCAGCCGUGGACUUUGAACAUGCAGACAUCACUGUCUGCUUACGAGAACUGCAAGUUAUGCGGCAAGAGAUGAAGUCCAUCCGAGAUAUUUCUGUCGACGCUGUUAAGCUACAUGCCGAGCUUGCGUCCCUCAGACGUGAAAUCGUUGAGUUGAGGAACCAGGGCGCAGUGCCACCCCCCAAGAAGGCUACAUAUGCCGAGGCCGCGUCGGACCCGUUGAAAAGUGUACCUCAAGUAACGAGGGUUCCCUCAGAUGCUGAACCCUGUGCGCUUGACACUCACGAUAAAGGUUCUGCUACCGUUCCGAAAUCUCUGCGUGCCGACGUCAGCCACAAGCCGGUACAAAGGGAGUCCAGCGGGAUUUCAUCGCGCACAUCACGUCGGGGCUCUGCGUCGGGAGGCCCCGAGGAGCCGGGAUCCGACGGCUUUCGAUUGGUUCAGAAGAGAAAGUCGAGACCCAGGGCGGUGGUCGGAACGGCUAGGUCGUCGGCUCUGUCAGCUGUGAAGGUGAGGCCUUCCGAGAUCUUUGUAACUCGUCUGGAGCCCUUGACCCAACCCAAGGACAUUGAACAGUAUCUGAACAACACUUUAUCCCGGAAGUGUGUGGUCUCCUGUGUGAGUCUCCAGACUAGAUACAACUCCUACUCGUCUUUCCGGGUUGCGGUGGAAAGUGACGCUCUGCCUGACGUGUUGGCUCCGUCCUGUUGGCCUAGCGGUGUGCUGGUGAGACGCUUCCACGGCAUUUGUCCUUCCGGACCCUCGUAA